GGCCCAGCGGGUUCGGAAGUUGGCGGCCGAAUCCGACCCCGCCGCCUUUUCCGGAGGCGAGGAAGGCCUGGAAUCCCUGGGAACGCCGCCGGAGCCGCCGGGGCCCAGCCGGAAACGUUCCCGCGCUUCCGACGAUUCCGGGCCGGACGCGGAGGCGGAGGCGGCGGCGGAAGGGGCGGGGCCGGGCGGGGGAGGGGCGGGGCCGGGGGGGAGGGGCAGCCCGGAAGCGGAAGCGGAAGCCGGAAGCAGCGAGAUCGAGUUGGUUUUCCGGCCGCACCCGCUGCUGGUGGAGAAGGGGGAGUACUGCCAGACACGCCCCUUUCCCCCCCUGAACGGGUCCCUGACGCUGGAAUUGGUGAACGAGAAGUUCUGGAAGCUCAGCAAACCCCUGGAGCUCUACUACGCCCCCACCAAGGAGCAGAAAUAGGGGGAAAUCACCCCAAAAUUCACCCUGGGGACCCCAAAAUUCGUCUUGGGGGCCCCAAAAUUCAUCCUGGGACCCUGAAAUUCAUCCUGGGGACCCUGAAAUUCAUCCUGGGGACACCAAAAUUCAUCCUGGGAGCCCAAAAUUCAUCCUGGGGACACCAAAAUUCCAUCAGGGAACCCCAAAAUUCACUUGGGGAACCAAAAGUUCAACCCAGGGACCCCAAAAUUCAUCUUGGGAGCCCCAAAAUUCAUCUUGGGGACACCAA